AUGAAAAUCUUGGAUGAAUAUCAUCAUUUAUGUAAUCUCACUUAUUUAACAAUUAAUUCCUGUAAUUGUGGUGCCAAUCAAAGUGAAUAUCAAUCAAUGAUCAACAGCAUUUGGAGUUUACCCAAACUCAUUAAAUGUAGUUUCAAUACCUGCAUCCUAGCACAUACGGUUUUUCAAAUACCAACAAACAUCUCUUCAUCGCUUGAAAGUGCAUCUAUACCUAGUCAUGGACCUGAAUUAAAUCAACUACAUACAUUGAUUGAAUGUACUCCUUGUCUUAAUAGACUUCAUCUUCAAAUACUUCGACUUCAGGUGGAACAGAGAACAUUUGGUUUAUCUGAAAAUAUAAUACAAGAACGUGCUGAUAAAUUACUUAAGUCAUUUCAAACUUCAUUUUGGACUAAUCAACAUCAUUGGUUUGUUCGAUGUUUUAUAGAAUACCAAACUAUUUAUCUCUUCACUCUAUCUAAAACAUUAAAUUACGACGAGCUUGAUCUCCCCCAUUCAUUGAAAUUGACUGAUCUCCAUUAUGAUCAUCAAGAAUUUUAUAAUAGCAUCACUUCUAUACAGAAUUACAGAUUAUUUGAUCAACCAAUUUCAUCCUACAUUCGUCUUCCUCAUAUCAAAGAUCUCAGGAUAAAACUUCCUCUUAAUGAUCAGUUUUGGUCUAUUGUUCCAAGUGUGAAUAUACUGGAAACACUUAUAGUCUAUUCACAUGCUGAUAGUUUUCAAUAUCAAUUGCAAGUUUUACUUGAUCGUGCACCUAACCUUCGUUGUCUAGAUAUCCGUCAAGAUGAAUCAUUAUCUUUACAAAUGUCAUUAUUCCAGUAUAGAACCUCAUCAGUUCGUCAACUCGAUUUUCGAGGUUAUAAUUAUUAUUUCAAUGAAGAAGAAUGUAUUAGAUUAUGUCAUUCAUCAUUAUGUAUUCAAUGUGGAGUUCUUUUUAUCAGAAUUAAGAGUCGUCAUAGUACCAUUUAUCUUGUCAAAAAUAUGAUAAAUCUUCGAUCAUUACAUGUUAAACGUGACGAUGAAGAGUAUCAUAAACGAUUAGCAAUAUCAAAGAAUAAUAAUGACAAAUAUCGUGAUGGAAACGUAGAAAAUGAAGAGGAACUUAUUGAUUGGUUAAAAGAUCGUUUACCAUCGACGUGUUUAUUCUCAAAAAAUGCACAUUUUCCUAGUGACAUUGUAAUAUGGAUUUGA